GGCACGUGCCGGGGCUCCGGGAGCGCUCUCCGCCCGGGCCGUACCGCCGCCCUCCCAGCCCCGCACGGCGCUGUUUGUCAAGCGGCGGUUGCGAAAUGAUCCGCGUUCAGGAAGUCGGCGGUGGAACGGAGUUCUGAACGAUGAUGCCAAACAUUUGGUACCCAACAAGAUGAGAGACUUUUUCUGUACCAUAAAUUUGGACCAAGAAGAAGUUUUUCGUACGCAGGUAGUUGAAAAAUCUUUAAGCCCCUAUUUUGGGGAGGAGUUUCUCUUUGAGAUUCCAAGAACAUUCCAGUGGUUGUCCUUCUACAUUUAUGAUAAAAGUGUUCUACAGAAAGACUUGCGUAUAGGAAAGGUGGCAAUCAAAAAAGAAGACUUAUGCAAAUACACAGGGAAAGAGAACUGGUUUACGCUUCAGCCUGUUGAUUCUAACUCAGAGGUUCAGGGGAAGGUUCACCUUGAAUUAAAACUGAAUGAACUGAUUACAGAUAAUGGAUCUGUGUGCCAGCAACUAGUAGUACACAUAAAGGAGUGCCAUGGGUUGCCUCUUAUAAACGGACAGAACUGUGAUCCUUAUGCAACUGUCUCUCUUGUGGGUCCCUCCAGGAAUGACCAAAAGAAGACGAAAGUGAAGAAGAAAACAAGCAAUCCGCAGUUUAAUGAAACGUUUUAUUUUGAGGUAACAAGGUCCAGCAGUUACACCAAAAAGUCCCAGUUUCAAGUGGAAGAAGAAGAUAUUGAGAAACUGGAAGUCAGGGUGGACCUAUGGAACAAUGGAAAUUUGGUACAAGAUAUCUUCCUAGGAGAAAUUAAAGUUCCUGUGAAGGUGUUAAGAAAUGAUUCCUUUCAAGCAUGGUACUUACUUCAACCAAGAGAAAAUGGUAACAAGUCUUCUAAAACGGAUGAUUUGGGAUCACUGAGAUUAAAUAUUUGUUACACUGAAGACUGUGUACUUCCAUCUGAAUACUACGCUUCUCUAAGAAACUUGCUGCUAAAAUCGUCAGAUGUUCAGCCAAUUUCUGCAUCUGCUGCCUAUAUACUAUGUGAAGUUUGUCGAGACAAGUACGAUGCUGUUCUGCCUCUUGUACGCUUGCUACUACACCACCAUAAGCUAGUUCCAUUUGUUGCUGCAGUGGCAGAACUAGAUCUGAAGGACACUCAAGAAGCAAAUACAAUCUUCAGAGGGAACUCAUUGGCAACUCGCUGUGUAGAUGAAAUGAUGAAAAUAGUGGGAAAACACUACCUAAAGGUUACUUUGAAACCAGUUAUUGAUGAGAUAUGUGAGUCCCCCAAACCCUGUGAAAUAGAUCCCAUCAAAUUAAGAGAAGGUGAUAAUGUAGAAACUAAUAUGGAAAAUCUGCGCUAUUAUGUAGACAAAGUAUUCCGUGAAAUUGUGCGGUCAAGUAUAAGUUGCCCUACCCUAAUGUGUGAUGUUUUUUAUUCUUUGAGGCAUCUGGCUGCUAAAAGAUUUCCAAAUGACCCUCAUGUACAGUAUUCUGCAGUGAGCAGCUUUGUGUUCCUUCGUUUCUUUGCUGUAGCCGUAGUCUCACCUCAUACUUUUCAUUUACGACCUCACCAUCCAGAUGCACAGACAUCCAGAACGUUGACUCUCAUAUCAAAAGCCAUCCAGACUUUGGGAAGUUGGGGAAGUUUGACCAAAAGCAAACUUUCAAGUUUCAAGGAGACAUUUAUGUGCGAGUUUUUUAAAACAUUUCAAGAGGAGAAAUUCACUGAAUCUGUCAAAAAGUUCCUAGAUGAUGUUUCCUCUACUGAAAGUAAAGAACCAAGUGGUCUGAGUGAGCCCGUACAUCUAAAAGAAGGAGAAAUGUACAAAAGAGCUCAGGGAAGGACUCGGAUUGGUAAAAAGAAUUUCAAGAAGCGGUGGUUCUGUCUGACAAGUAGAGAAUUCACCUACCACAAACAGCAAGACAAGGAACCAAUUUUCACUAUUCCAGUCAAAAACAUUCUAGCAGUGGAGAAGCUUGAUGAGAGCUCCUUCAACAAGAAAAAUUUGUUCCUGCAGCCUCAUUCUGGACCUGUAGCACAUUCUGUCCUUACAUCAAUCCAAAAUUCUGAGGCAGUGAUGAAGUACAGCUGUUACUUAGGGAUGUUUCAAGUACUACAUGGAGAAAAGCCACUCUAUAUCCAAGCAAAUAAUUGUGUAGAAGCUAGUGAGUGGAUAGAAGCUCUCUGUCGAGUAACAAGAUGCAACCAGAAGAGACUUAGCUUUUACCACCCUUCGGCUUUUUUGAAUGGCAACUGGCUUUGCUGCAAGGCUACAGUAGAGAACACAGUGGGCUGUGCUCGUUGCACUGCAGAUGUUCCUGCUGAUACUCAAAUUGAGAUUGAUGGAGACAGAGAGACGGAAAGAAUUUACUCGCUUUUCACCAUCAACAUGUCUAAACUUCAAAAGCUGGAAGAGGCUUGUGGAAGCAUCGCUGUCUAUCAGGGUCCACGGAAAGAACCAGAUGACUAUUCUAACUUCACAAUUGAAGAUUCUGUGGCAACUUUUCAUACCCUUAAACAGAUAAUAGAUACAGUAGAAAAGCUGAAUGAAUCACAUGAGAAAUACCUAAAGAAGAGAUCAUCCAGUGCUGAAUAUGGUAGUGAAAAAAAUCCAAUCGGGAAGGUUUCCUAACCAAAACCAGCUAUGGCACACUUGGAUGAAAAACAAACUGGAAGCAUUCUCAAGUUUUUUGUUGUUUUGUUUCAUUUUGUAGUUCAUUAUGUGCAUUUUCACAAAGUAUUUAAAAAUGAACAUACAUGCUAGUUGUGUUGACAAUCUAUUUAAUAUUUAAUAGAAAGCUAGCUACUUGGAAAUCUGGUCUUUAAAGCUGAAGAACUUGAAGUUCCAGGUUCUGAAAGUAACAAAUAUGAGUAAAUCUAAGAGUUGUUUGCUGUUUUAUUGGAAAGAAUUUUCUAAACAAAUAAGCUUUUUAAUGGAAGAAAAUCAACAUGAUGUUUGUUGGUUGUAUUGCAUCUCUUAAUGCAUGUACUGCAAACUUGUAUGAGUUUACAAUGAAUGCCUGCCCUGCUGAUAACAAUCUUUAAAUAGAAAUCCCGAGAUACUCUGUCAUAGAAAAGAUCUGAAUUUUCACAGUCAACUCAUUUGACAUUCUUUUUUUUCCUAUAUUAGGUGUUGUUAGAACUUGGUUUAACUACACCUGAAGUCUUACAGAAUCAUGCAGUAUGUUGCAAAUAAUCUGGACAGCAGAUGCAAGAAUUUAGGUUUUGUUGUUUAAGUACUAAAGAAGAAGAAAUCAGGGAACUUUUAUUAUGCCUCCUGUUUACAUUUGAAGUGAGUGGUAUAUGGAGAGACAUGAGACCAGUAUCAAUUUCCUGUAGGGUACUUUUUUAAGGUACUUUUUUCUUUAUCUGAAAACAGAUGCAGGGUAGCAGCGUUCUUCAUAAAUAAGUUUGCCUACAGAUUUAAAAACAAACUCAAAUGUGAACUGGUUACGGUUAAGUACCGAUCAAUUGACAUCAUCCUGUUCAUGAUCUUUUGAUUUAAAAAAAAAAAAAGUAAUAGCUAGGUUCAGUUCACCAUUUGACUACAAAUCUAAUAAAUAAUCUCUAUUAUAUAAUCACUCAAAGCACUUUAGAUAUCUGGACUAUCCCAGAUUAUUUUUAGAUACUUUGUAGUAUCUGCUUGUUAUGAUCAGUUCAAUGAUCAACAUUGUUUUUCUUUAAACAAUGCUUCAGUGAAUAUUUUUAUAUCCUUAGCUAUAUGAAUUCUUAUUUGCCAAUUAACACAAUUUUUAAACUGCCAUUCUUGACUCUAGUAAGAUUAAUUUUUGCUCAUUUCAUCUGAGAUGUUAGGUUUCUGCUGAAAGAACGUAUAUGUAUAUAACCUGGAAGAAGCAAAGAUGGCAACUUUGCUUCAUCAGUAUUAAAUAUAAUGGUACUCCUUGGAAUACUAUUUUUAAUAAUAACUAUAUGUGGUACUUUUUAUUUUUGAGCAUUUGCUGUGGGAUCUUCUGUUGUUUAUUUGUUGGUGUGUUUUGUUUUACAAUCAUGAUUUUGGCCAAAUUAGUUAGAAAUGUGACAUACAAAUAGAGUAGAAAUCCACAAUGCUUGAAAACUCUAAGCUGGUUCAGUUACUAUGCGUAUGUAACACUGUUGUAGGGGAGCUUUCUGUAAUAGAAGCACACUGGCAAGACAAGAUUGAAGUUUUUUUUUUAAUGAAUGUAACUUGUUAAAAUAACUAUUUGUUUUAAAACCGUACAAACCACGAUAGAAUGUCUGGGAAUCAGUGCUAGUGUCUGCGAUGCCACAAUAUUCAGUCACCUCCACCGUUCUUGCCUUUACUUAAAUAAUUUUGAUGUAUUUUAAGGGAUUUUCAUUUGCCAAACGGUUCAAAUUGGAGUGGUGGGAAUCAUAUGAAUGCCAAUAAAUGUGUUUUGCCAAGGUAAAUUGGGUCUGUGUAACUGCCAUCAAAAAGUUGCCAUUAAUCACAAAUUAAGUGCUUUUAUGUGUCGAGGUUAGAUUGUGCUGUACAUUGAUUAACACUGUGGCAAAGCGUGUCUUCCUUGGGGCCAUUUUUUUUAAGAUUUCAUAAUCCAGAUUAUGGAAAAACACUUGGAACUGGUUUUUUGUUGUUGUUGUUGUUGGUUUUUUUUUAAAGAAAAGUUAAAUAAUAAUAAAGAAAAUGCACUUUUUUCUUUGAUGGUACUGGAAUAUUUAGGAAAAAGAACAAAGGCCAUUGAAUAUUUGUGACCAGUAGGAUUUAAUUUCUCAUUUUUAUAAUGUUUAAAAACACAGUAGAUGUUCUAGAAUUUAAUUAGGUACGAGUAGGAUGAUUAAUAAUAAAAGUUGCCUUCAUUUUGAUUAGUCUAGAAACAUGAUGUUAUUCAGUAAUCAGUUCUGUUUGGAUUGUAAAUUAUCAUUAGUUUUAAUUUGUGUUAUGCUGAUGUAUUGUUGAAUGUAUUUUUAUUUAAAUUUUAUUUUCUUAUCAGGACAUUAAAAUGUUUUGUAACGUCGCUUGAGAAUAACUCAUAAAUAAAUUCCAACAAACUUGA